UCCCUAACCCUACACCCCAAACCCCUGACCCAGGUCACAACCCCCUCCUUUGCCCAAACUUUCUUGCAGACCUCACACCGUCUUUUGCACUCCAGUCCCUUACUCCAUGCACCCAUCUGAGCUCAACCUCUAUCCUAGACCCUGCCCCCUCUCCACAGAAAUAUGUGGCCCUUGAUCACUUUCCAAAAUCUUGGAGUACACCCCCACCAAAAAUUAUUGCCCACCCCUAGCUACAGGCAGGUUUGUGGUACAUUUUAGGAUGAAAAUCUAGUUUCAGUACUUUUUAGCUUCAAAAUAAAAAAAGAAGUUAGUGUCAGACACUAUUUUGAUUCUAAUUAUGUUGAAUGUGCAGUAAUUUUUUCAAGAAAGACCCUGAUACUUAUUUUUAGCCAGCAGAUUUAGAAACAAUCAUUUUACAUCAGGGGAAUAAUUCUAAUAUUGCUUUCUGAGGUUAGACCACAGACACUACAUAAUAGCCACUUUGGCCUCUUGGGAGAGGAGGAAACUGCUUUAAAAAGUUUCUAAAGGCAAAUUAUAUAUGAGAGAUGCUCUUCUGGAUAAAUAAUUCACUUACUUGGUUGUGUUCUUAUAUGUUCCCUGGAUAUUUUUUCCUUCUUUUAAUCCCUGCUCCCAUUCUAAAGGGAUGAAAGAUACAUGAAAGUGAGUGAAGUAAGGAACAUGAAAGAGAUGUAAAUUUCCUUUAAAUGGCAUUAAUGUUCUUGACAAAAAAAUCCAGUCAAAUCUAAUAUCUUUUUUGGUGUUUCAGCUUCUCCUCUAAGACCAAGACACACCAGACAUAUCAUAGAAUACUAGAACUGAAAGGGCCAGCUCAUUCCUACUUCUGUAAAUCACAUUCUAUGAAGAAUAGCACCGAUUCCGAAAUAGCUAUUGCGAAAUAAGGAUUAAAUAUUGGGUUUUCAUAUGCUAGCACAUACCAAGCGAGACAAAUGAAUUCCAGCCUUGUGUACACUUUCAAUUAGCCUACAAGAUGCAACUGAGUAUGAAUCCCAAUCAGCUUUGGAAGUGAAAGAGAAGUUUGAGAUCUCUAGCUAGAAGCUGAACGUGAUGACGGCCUGGUCCAUGGUGAAGAAGUUGAAAAUGGAGAAGAGGCAUUCCAAAGAAGAGAGGAAUGUAGAGCAGGAUGCUGGGGACUGCAGUGCCGAAUCGGAGGACUGGACAAGCUCAGAAAGCGAGCCCGAACAACCAUGCUUCAAGAAUAGCUGUAGCAAUAUUCAGUGGCUAGAAAAGGAAAUUUCUACCAAACCACAUAGGCAACUCUGUCGCUCACCUUGCCUGGAUCGUCCAAGUUUCUCACAGAGCAGUAUCCUUCAGGACUUCAAGCUGGAAGAGUGUAAAAUAAACUUGGACAAGGAAUAUCAGGCUAAAAUGGACUUCGCUUUAAAGCUUGGGUAUGCUGGAGAUCAGAUCCAGGCAGUGCUGAAUAAGUUGGGAGCAGAUGCUCUAAUCAAUGAUAUUUUGGCAGAACUUGUGAGACUUGGCAACAAGGGUGAGUCAGAGGGACAAGGAAGUGUCAGCAGUAAUAGUGGUAUCCUGGUGCCCAGGGGUCCUUGCCCAAAGGAAAUGGCCAGCCCUGAACUGUCACUUGAAGAUGAAGUGGUGGAUAACACUGACAACUUAAGACCAAUUGUCAUUGAUGGAAGUAAUGUAGCUAUGAGCCACGGAAAUAAAGAAGAAUUUUCCUGUCGGGGGAUUCAGCUAGCUGUUGAGUGGUUUCUGGAGAAAGGACACAAAGAUAUCACUGUGUUUGUUCCUGCAUGGAGAAAAGAGCAGUCUCGACCUGAUGCACCAAUUACAGAUCAAGAAAUUUUACGUAAAUUGGAGAAAGAAAAAAUUCUUGUCUUCACCCCAUCUCGGCGAGUCCAGGGAAGAAGGGUGGUCUGUUAUGAUGACCGGUUUAUAGUAAAACUGGCUUUUGACUCAGAUGGCAUCAUUGUGUCAAAUGAUAAUUAUCGGGAUCUUCAGAAUGAAAAGCCAGAAUGGAAGAAAUUCAUAGAGGAACGCCUGCUAAUGUAUUCUUUUGUGAAUGACAAAUUUAUGCCUCCUGAUGAUCCUUUAGGACGCCAUGGUCCAAGCCUUGAAAACUUCCUCAGAAAAAGGCCUGUUAUUCCUGAACAUAAAAAACAACCAUGCCCUUAUGGUAAAAAAUGCACCUAUGGACACAAAUGUAAAUAUUACCACCCAGAACGCGCAAAUCAGCCUCAAAGGUCAGUAGCGGAUGAGCUUCGAAUAAGUGCCAAAUUGUCUGCUGUGAAAACUAUGAGUGAGGGAGCUUUGGCCAAAUGUGGCACAGGAUCAUCCAUUUCCAAAGGAGAAAUCAAUUCUGAAGUGAAACGCAUUGCCCCCAAACGCCAGUCAGACCCAAGCAUUAGAUCAGUUGCUGUGGAACCUGAGGAAAGGCUGUCGGUAGCUCGGAAGUCAGAAGCCAAUUCUGUCCCUUCUCUUGUUUCCGCACUAAGCGUACCAACAAUCCCUCCUUCAAAAAGCCAUGCUGUUGGUGCAUUAAAUACUCGUUCUGCAAGCAGUCCUGUACCUGGAUCAUCACAAUUUACUCAUCAGAAAUCCUCACUAGAACACAUGGCCAGUGUGCAGUAUCCUCCAAUACUAGUCACCAAUAGCCAUGGCACUUCUGUUAGCUAUACAGACCAGUAUCCUAAAUAUGAAUCUUUAGGGGACCAUGGCUAUUAUUCCAUGCUCAGUGAUUUUUCCAAUUUGAGCAUAAGCAGCAUGCGAAACACAGAUUACUAUGGGGCUGAUGCAGACCAGGGGAUGUACUCUAGAAAUUCAAGCCCCUGUCCUGACAAUCGCUUAAGCCAUACAAGCAAUGAUUCUUAUUCCUCUUACAAUGAUUUGUAUCUGGGUGUAGCAGAAGCCAGACCAGAAGACAAUGUGAAGGUCCACAGACUUUCAUCCCAAAAUCGUCUUCAGCCUUUUUCCCAUGGUUACCAUGAAGCCUUAACUAGAGUUCAGAGUUAUGGAACUGAAGAGCCUAAACAACUCCCACGCAAACAGUCUGUUUCCCAUUUAGCACUCCAUGUCCAGCAUCCAGUUGUAGGAGCACGAUCCAGUUGUCCAGGAGACUACCCAGUGCCUCAGAAUGUUCAUCCAUCAGCCACUGCACAGCCAAGCCGUGCCUUGGUCAUGACAAGAAUGGACAGUAUUUCUGACUCACGGCUUUAUGAAAGUAAUCCAAUGCGGCAGAGAAGGCCACCUCUCUGUCGAGAACAGCAUGCUAGUUGGGAUCCAUUACCAUGUGCUGCUGAUACUUACGCUUACCACUCCUAUCCUCUGAGUAACAAUCUCAUGCAACCAUGUUAUGAACCUGUAAUGGUAAGAAGCAUGCCUGAGAAGAUGGAGCAGCUGUGGAGGAACCCCUGGAUUGGGGUAUGUGGGGAGCCACAGGAACAGCAUAUCAUUCCAGAACAUCAAUAUCAGACAUACAAGAAUCUCUGCAAUAUUUUCCCUGCUGGUGUUGUCCUCUCGGUAAUGGAGAAAAAUCCCCACAUGACAGAUGCACAACAGCUGGCAGCUAUGAUUGUUGCCAAAUUGAGAACAGGGCGUUAAAAUGUUAGAGCCUCUUUCUGAACACUUAAAGACAAAUAGUAUUGAGUGUAUAGUGAGCAGAAUCUGGAGGAAAAGUUAAAAAUAAGAGAAGUGGGCAAAUCUGUUGUAAAUAUUUUCUGUCAUAAAAUUCUGUGCCCUAUAGCAAUCAUUAAAUAUAUGUGAGAGACACUAUAUACAGAUUGUAUUGUAAAUAUAAUGAAUAUUUUAGGAUUUCAAAACUAGGGUAUUUUAAAAGUAUUUUACAGGAAGUGCAUACCUUUUUGCAUGAAUAUAUUAUUUAACUAAGAACAAGGAGGUUACAUUUUUAGUGUCUAAAGCUGUACAUUCAAAAUUAUUGUUAGCAAUUAUAUUGCAUGUAACAAUGUGUAGUUUCAAUCUGACUAUAAAUAUAUAAUUGGCUUUUCAAAAUAUGCUCUGUACAUUCCGGGAUCAUUAAGACUUCCGCUUUGACACUGCAUUCCUCUGUGUCAAAUCUUUUUUUAAAAGGAUGAUUUGCCCACAAUUAAAAUAAUCAUCAGUUUGUAAAACAAACCUGAUCUAGUCCCUUUUUCACUUUUAAAUGUCAACAUAACUGGUAUUUCUUAGCCUUUAAAUUUAUCCACCCAGGGCUUGAUCUUGUAAGGUGCUGAGCAUUUUGGUCCCAGUUCACCACUUGCUUAAAUGCUUUGCUGGAUUGGAGCCAGAGAGCUCAGCAACUUGCAGAAUUGAGUCCCAAUUCAGUGUUAAAAAUAUGAUAAACUGUAGCCUUCCUCUUCAGACGUACUGAUAGUACAUUUUAAGGUCAACUGCAGACUGUCAUUUUACUUCCCUUCAAGUGGGAAGGAAGGUAGUAGAUAUUAAUAUGUGAAUAUUCAGUUUAGUAGAAACUGCAACCCUUCUUUUGUGGCUAAGGACAGUGUGGCUGGUGUUUAAAAGGGGAGAGGAGCUGGUUCUGAAAAGGGAUGCUACAUCUUUGGCUUGCUGCAACCCCUGUCCUACUUUGUACUUCAGAUUGACCCAAAGGUAUGCAUUUUCCUCCUGAAAGCUUUUAAAGCUUUUAUUUUGACAGGCAAGAAAAAAAUUGUGUGCGGCAUUGAUUGCGCAACUAAUAUUUUGCUCAGGGGUGGGAACUUUGUAGCUAAAUGCCUCCAGAAGAGGCGUUUAUUGGUUUUUUUUAAGCUGCACUGAAUGGACGCCCUUUUUGAAUCAAUGUAUAUUUCAACAUUUUGAACCAUUACUAACUCGAUAUAUCUCGAGCUAGGACUUGUUGACUUCUACUGUAGUUUUUUUCAUGAAAGUUGAGAAGGCCUGGUUUAUGGCCUUUUGUUUCUUCAUGAGAAGGUGUGACACUGCCUAAAUGUUUCUUACUGUGAAACACACAGAACGUGAGGCUGCAGUCAGGGUUGUUUCUGGUGUUUUGAUAAUGGCUUGCAUGCUGCUUUCUAGUUCUGUUUGUCUGAGGACCAAAGACUACUACAUCAUUACUUCCACUUGCUACUGUAAAACCUGCAUUAAAUCUAAGUGUCUCUUGUGGGCUGUUUAUCAUGUGCAAAAUGUGACAAAGUUACAGAUGCAAUUAAGUAAAUGUAUUAGUAAAUUGGAUGUUCACAUCAUUUCACACAUGAUAUGUAUUCUAGCGUCCCCACAGGUACUUCUCAGACUACUUACAUAUUUUGUCCUGGCCAUAUCAUUGUGUGUUCAAAUUGCAAUGACUUAAAGAUUGUUUUCUUCGUGCCCAGAGUAUAAAAAAUAAUUGUUUAAUUAGCUGCAGAUCAUUGCUAUUAAUAAAAAUAAACUAAUCUUCAAAAAGUUAGCAUAUAGCUAUAGAAAAAUAUUUUUACUCCUGACCAACUUUCGAAACAUACCUUAACUAGCAUUUUAUAUUUUUUUAAUUUCCUCUUACUUCAUAUUCUCUUCUAUCGUAAAAGCAGCUGAGAGUAAUGCCUCAAAUAACCAGAAAUGACCUUUUGUUUGUUGAUACAAAUUGUAUCUCUUUUUCUUGAUUGUAUAAAAAAAUGUACAAAAACCAUCUCUAGAUUAACUUCAAUAUUGCAUUUUCACCACAAUGUUUGUGACACUGUGUGUCACAGGGAAGUAGCCCAUGGGUAAUUAUGGAUCUUUUUAUUUUAAAUGGGCACUUGUAGUUUAUAGACAAACAAGGACAACUUUUCAAAUCCACUUUAUUAGAGUGUGCACAGAUAUUGUGUGUACACAUAAAAGCAUACUAUUACGUAAGUUAUCUUUAGUCUGUUUAUUAAACAAAUACAUUCUUGCAAAGGAAUUUUAUGUAAAAAUUGUUACUCAUUUGCACGUGUUUAUAAAUAGAACUGUAACAAUUUAACUGCUGUAGACCCUGCUUUAUUCUUAACAGGUUAAUAAUACAUGUAUAAUUUAGGUUUAAAAUAAGGCUUGUGUACUCACACUUUCCAUCUUGCAUGGAAUUAAAUGUGUAUGUAGAAAAGUGUUUUCUUUUCCCCCACUACACAAACUCUUGCAAGAGGGUUUGUAGACCUGUAUCUCAGCAUCCUUUAUUUGUAACACUGAGCAGGGGUUGCUGCAUAAGAUUUUGGAUGGUUUAUGGCGAUAAUGUUAUCUUAUAGGAAUUGUGUAGUUAAUUAACUCUUUCACUGACUUUAACCUGCUAGUAAAUUCAGUCUUCUUCAGGGCCUUGUAUUUAUUAGGAAGGAAUCCUAGUAUCAGUCCAACAAAACCUUUCUCUAAGGCACUUCUUCUAACAUAAGCCAAGAAUGUUUACAUUGUGUAGAAAUGGGGGCGGGGGGAUAAAGUCUUGAAGAAAUUGUCUACAGAAUUUUUGCUUGUAACUUAUUCCUGCUCCUAAAAGUAAUAAUUUAUAAACAUGGUUUAGUGUCUCUUGAUCAGCUAAUUUAACUUACAGCAUCCAGUGAUCCAUGUUUUAAUAUAUCUUCAAAUGCUACUUCAAAACACUGACAUUCCUUAACCUUCAGUAUUUAAGCUUAGAUUUCUUCAAACACAGAAGAGUUGAUCUCAAGAUAUACAUGAUCAUCAGUGUCUUAUUGUAAAUAUGAUUUUGUAUAAAUGCUCUUUUUGAGAGCACAAUAUUUAAAUACACUUUUAAAUUUGUGUAAUAGUACAAUUCCAGAGUAUAUAUUUAAAAAGAAAAAAACUCCAAAGACUACCGUAGUCCUAGAUAAAGAACAGCAAAAAAUAGAUAAAUAAAAUUGGGUGAAGUCCUGAUCCACUGAUGUCAAUAGGGCCAGGUUUUCACCCCAGGGCUCCCUAGCUUGCUGGUCUUUGUGUUCUCCAGCUAUUUUACUUUUAUGUAAUUUAUGACUAAAAAUUACAUUACCUUCAGUUUACUAGGCAACUGAAUAAUGCUUUGGAAUAAACUACAUGUAUUUCUGGAAUGUUACCUGACGUUACUUAAUGUUUUUGUAAAUAUCACAUGGUAUUUAGUAUUGUAGUAGCUUGUGUACAUAGAUUAUUUGACUACUACUAGUCCUGUUGGUGUACUAUUGAGCUACAGUAGUUUGCUUUAUCCAUUUGUAGAAUUAAACGUUACUUGUUUAAUUGUUGUAAAAUUUUAUAAAAUCUCUUUGGGUUUUUUGGUUGACCCAAAUAUAAUGUAAGUCUUAAUGACAAAAAGAGUGAAUAUGGACGUUAACCAGUACAUGGUCUUCGUAAAUCACUAUACUAAGUGUGCAAUGCUCUACCUUAUGCUGCAUGUAAUACAUUCACUAGCAUGGGUGUAUUUUUAGCUGUUUGUAAAGUUUUGAUUACUUUAACUGUUUUUAAAAUGCAAAGAAUGUGUAUGGUUGAUAAGAACAAACUGUAAAGCAGACUGACUAAACAACUUAUAAUAAAUCACCAAAGUAUUUAAUUUUUUUAAAGCCAGUUUGCCUCUGAUAAUGUGAAUCUUUUCCUUUUGGAGUGUUUUUUAAUAAUUAAAAAAUCAGAGUGCUCAAGGUAUGAAUGAAGAAAUUUCCCAUUUUAGCCACUUCUAAGAAUUUUACUGUUAGAAAAUAUUGGAAGAUGGCUUGUAUAUGGCUCCGUUUCCCAAUCACCACUUAAGAAAACUCUAUUCGGGGCAUACUGUGAGUCUAAUAUUAUUCCACAGCAGCACAUGAGAACAGCAGUGAGAGGCUGUUUUGAACUAAUUAAGUCCUUGAAGGAGGAGUGCAGUAAUUCAUAUUGUUGUUCAGACCACCAUGUGUUCCACCAUUAUACACUUGGAAUUUAACAGUAAAAGUUGAGCUGACAGCUUUUUUUCUUUUAAAAAAAUAAAGAUGACAGAGCAUUUCUCUUGCAUAGAGCUUCAUGUUGCUGAAAGAUUGCUGAGAGAGCCAGCAUGUAUGUUUAUUAUAUAUAAAAAUCCCACCACAGUAUUUCAAGCUAAAGAAUGUAAGUGCACUAUCACAUAAAAAUCACAGCUACAUUAUUUGGUUAGCUUCUGAAGAAGCACAAUCUGUCAUUUUGGCCUGUUGUAUUCAGAACAUGCAUGUGGUGAUGGUGAAGUGAUAUAGGUGUGAAAAAUCCCCAUAAACUUGUCUGAAUGUAUGUAAAGAUUUUGUAAAGAUAUGUAGUGGCAUUGUGAGGCAAACAUGGAAGACUUUUAGGUUGAUUGUCAAAUAUUACCUGUUCUCUCCUCCCAAUAGUGUGUAAAAGGUUUGCACAUAUUAAAUAUGAUCAGAUCACAAUGUUAUGAAUUAUAUAUUGAUUGAUUUAUUCAAUAAACUUUUGAAGUCCCUGAACUUCCUGUUUCUAGUUCAUUGCUUUA